GCAUCGUUUGUACAGAGAGGCAGUCACAGAGUUGACAUUUUCACUGGUUUAUCUACCUGAUGAAACUCUGUGGGGACAGCUGAAAUAAGCCAGAGGAGAAGAGAGAGUCCCAGGAGUCCAGGACAGUUUUACUGAAGAGAGGAAGUUUUGACAUUGAGAGAGAGGUGUUGUGGUGUUAUGCUGCAAGCCAUUAAUGAGGCUGACUCCAGCAUCACUGCAGAGUGGAGGAGGAGAAUCCUGGACACACACGGCACUGCGGUCGGAUCAGUGGCAUUGUCUAGCGGUGGGCAGGUCUGAGGUCAGUAUGUUGGAUUGGGAUCGUGACUCUGACGAAUGGGAGAAGCAGUUACAGCGUGAGCUGCUUCUGAUCCAGAGACAGCAGCAGAUCCAGAAACAGCUCCUCAUCUCGGAGUUCCAGAAACAGCACCAGAACCUCCUGAGACAGCACCAGACCCAGCUCGAGGAACACAUCAAGCUCCAGCAGGCUCUGUUGACCCUCCGCCAGCAGCAGGAGGUGUUCACUGAGGAGCGUCGGCUGGUGGAGGAGGAGAAAGAGGAGGUGCACGAGGAGGAGAAGGAGGUCCAUAGGAGGGAGACACAGAAACAGCAGCACCACAGGAGGACAGAGCGAUCAAAAGAGAGUGCAAUGGCGAGCACUGAAGUUCGACAGAAACUGCACAACUUCCUGAUGAGUAAAUCAGCUAAAGAUCCAUCUACAUCCUGUGCUGGUUACCCUCUCAGCCAGCGCUCAAAACUGUGGUACAGCUCUGCCCACCCAGGUCCUGUAGAGCAAAGCUCCCCACAGUUAGGAGAGACCCCUCCCACCUUCAAAUACCCCCUGACCUCUGGCCUGGACUACAGAGAGGACUUCCCUCUCAGGAAGACUGCGUCCGAACCCAAUCUGAAGGUGCGCUACAGACUCAAGCAGAAAGUUUCCGAGAGAAGAAGCGGUCCCAUCCGGCGCCGAGAAGGCAGUGUACUCAUCACACCUCUGAAAAAACGAACCCUAGAACAAACAGAUUCUUCAGCCAAUGACAGCCCUGCUGGUUCUGGGCCCUGCUCACCGAUUGGUUUGUGCAACAUUGAGAACGGAGCAUCAUCCUGGUGCAGCACAGCCCAAAUCGAGCGAUGUCUGUCUCAGAGUGGCUUCCUAAAGACAGAUGGAUCCAUGUCUCUGCUGAAUCUCUACACGUCCCCCUCUCUACCCAACCUGACACUGGCUCUGCACCCUGCUCAUGCACACUUCUGCACGGGUGCGGCACUGAUAGAUCAGACCACAGAGGGGCUCACGGCCGCCACAUCGCCUGUCUCACUAGAGUCCAAAGUGAGCAACGGUCAACAGGCGCUCUUGCAACACCUCCUGCUGAAGGAGCAGAGACUGCAGAGACAGAUUAUGUCCCCUGUCUCAGGUAGUGUUCCUGUGCUGUCUCCAUCCCCUUUGGUGAUGAAAGACCAACAGGCAGCGAGCUCUCGUGCAAGGUUACCGUGGCACCGGCCCCUGAACCGGACCCAAUCGGCCCCGCUGCCCCAGAACACCCUGGCCCAGCUUGUGCUACAACAACAGCACCAGAACUUUGUGGAAAAACAGAAACGGUACCAGCAGCAGGUCCACAUCAGCCAGGUUCUGUCUCAGUCCAUCAAGCAGCUCAGGAACCCCAGCACCCACCUGGAGGAGGACGAGGAAGAGGGAUCUUCAACAGACCACAGAGAGCCAGAGAUCACAUCGCCCCCUGCUGGAGUCAUCCGGAGCUGCAGUUUCCCAAACUCCACCAGGAUCACUGCACACAAUGAGCCAAGUGCUGCCCAUGCCAGAGUGAUCAGACUGAAACAGGAGCCUCAGGAGGAAGAGCGAGAGAGAGGAAGAGAUACAGAUGGAAAAAACAAGAGGAUACCAGCUCAGCUUAAACAAAGAGAUGCUGAACGAUGCCUUGAAAACAUGACCGAAACUGAUGUGUGAAGGAAGGAAGGAAAGAAAGAAAGAAAAUGAAAGUUGGUGAAUCUCAGAAAACCUGUACUCAAAUUUGACCCCAAAAUCAAAAGAAAGAAAUAAGAAAAUAUGUUUUGCUUAAAUACAGUGAAUCCUAGUUUUAGGACAACUACAAUUUAUUGCAUUAUGACAUUUCUUUAAUAUUAAAAACUACACAAUUUUAACAAGUUAACACAUUUUCACCCCAAUUCAAAAUGCUAAAAUUAUUUAUAGUAUUUAUGGGUAUUUUUUUUUUUUUGGAUGAUCAUAGUUUUAAACAUGUAAUAAUU